AGGAUGCUGGAGCGAAGCAGCAGCGUAUCAUCAGGACCAGAAGUGCGAGUGGGAUGGAGCCGCUGAGUGAGAUGUAAAUGGAGAAGAAGAAUGUCACCCAUAGACAUUGGAUAUCCACACGAUGUUAAAGGGCUUUGCAGCAAAACACAGACAGCAUCACUUCUCUCUGAAGUAAUUCAGCACUGACAAUUAAUGUCAAACUGCACGCUGGAGCAGCUUCAUGCUGCCUCGCUGGGUGAAAGGUUGCUAAAGGAGAGAAAGCUUUAUGACAUCCAGCUGAACAAAACCCAUCUAAAUGCAGCAUAAUGCCUUCAAAAGUCUCAUGUUUAUACCUUUUGACAGUGGUCUGCUGGGCGAGCGCCCUGUGGUACUUGAGUAUAUCUCGCCCGAACACCACCUACGUCGGCCACAUGUCGGUGCCUAUACGCAAGACCCCGAAACCCCCCAAAAACAUCACCUUCACCAACAUCCACACCCGCUCCCUGAACCCACACGCCUUUGAAUUCGUCAUCAACGAGCCCAAGAAGUGCGAGAGCGCCGCUCCCUUCCUGGUGAUCCUCAUCAGCACCACGCACAAGGAGUUUGACGCGCGGCAGGCCAUCCGGGAGACCUGGGGAGACGAGAGCACCUUCGGCGACAUCCACAUCCUCACCAUCUUUCUGCUGGGCCGGAACACGGACCCCGUGCUGAACCAGAUGGUGGAGCAGGAGAGCCAGAUCUUCCACGACAUCGUGGUGGAGAACUUCAUCGACUCCUACCACAACCUCACCCUCAAGACCAUGAUGGGCAUGCGCUGGGUGUCCACCUUCUGCCCCAAGGCGCAGUACGUCAUGAAGACCGACAGCGACAUCUUCGUCAACAUGGACAAUCUGAUCUACAAGCUCCUGAAGCCCACCACCAAGCCCCGGAGGAGGUAUUUCACGGGCUACGUCAUAAACGGCGGCCCCAUCAGGGAUAUGCGCAGCAAGUGGUACAUGUCCAGGGACCUGUAUCCCGACAGCAAGUACCCGCUCUUCUGCUCGGGCACCGGCUACGUGUUCUCCACGGACGUCGCCGAGCUCAUCUUCCAGACGUCGUUGCACACGAGGCUGCUGCACCUGGAGGACGUGUACGUGGGGCUGUGUUUGCGUAAGCUGGGGAUCCACCCGUAUCAGAACAGUGGUUUCAAUCACUGGAAAAUGGCCUACAGCCUUUGCCGGUACCGACGGGUCAUCACGGUGCACCAGAUCUCCCCGGAGGAGAUGCACCGCAUUUGGAACGACAUGUCCAGCAAGAAGCACCUGAGAUGUUGAGGGACACGAGGUGGCCAAUGAACAGCUUCCUUCUUUUUCUUUUUUUUCCCUCCUUUUCAAAUCUCAUCGCGCUGAGUAAUGUAAAAAAAAAACACUCAAGGCCGCUGCAGGUCUCUGUUUGAUGACACAGGUUUUCAUUAACGUCCAUCUCCGUCGGCUUCUGCUGAUCAUGCCUCGAGAUUGUUAACGAAUGCAUGAGGCUUGCAAAAGAGCUUACUCUCACGCGUAGUCAAACGCGAUGGCCGUUUCCCCCGAAAAUUGUUUCGUAUUCCAGGUACAACUUUCAGCGGAAUAGUGCUUAUAAGCAUUAAGUCAAUCAGUGCUGCGCGUUGGGUUGUGCGUUUGAAGCCGGCGACCUUGGAUCCGACCCUGCUGGAGUGUCCUGGAGGAGGACACUGGAUCUCCACCAGCUGCACCGCUGCUGACUCAGCACUCGGAUCCUCCUGUAGGGGCCGCGGGAGCCAGAAAUGAAUGAAUUGGGUAUUAAAUAACUAAGUCCAAUCUAUGGUAUUUUACAUUUUUAAAAGUGCUAUUUAGAAGUGAGAGAAGGGUUUCUGAACAUCGAGAGAGAGGGAGUGAAUUUACUAGAAGUAAUCAUAUCUAACAACAAGCCAAGUUUGUCUGUUUGUCAGGAAAAGCUACGCCCGGAGUCAAGCUGCUCUUUUCAUCUUUAUAACAAACACAGUUGAACAUACACUGCAUUGUAUUGUCAGUCUCCCAAAGGAACGAAGUCGAAAGUUGAUUUGAUAUUUUUCAAUGGAUAAUUUUUCUCUUGCUUCUUUUUUUUAUGAAUUUUGCCUGAUGUUUUUGUUUACAUAUUUUUAUAACUCCACUGCCUUUUCGCCCCGAGAAAGCAAGAUGUAUGUAUGUUUUUUUUUUUUUUUAGAUGUAUUCGGUUCUUUCUCCUCUUUGGCAUUUUUGUACUCGAGGUAAUUGUGUGUCUCGUUACUCCAGCUGCUGCUCUUGGUUAAUGAUUGUUGUUUGUCAGCAGCUAUUCCAGCGCAUUGCCUCCUCCGUAUAUCAAGAAUAAAUACAGCAUCAUGUCGUGCAAGUUUGAGUUUAACUGUGGCUAAGGCCAUUACAGACUGGAUGUAUUAUUGUAGGUAUCUGGCAUAUCGGUAAUUACUGGAGCGCUGCUACUGACAUCAUUGGAAAAGUUUUGUGCGUCUCAGAAAAUGUGGCCUUCAUGGCCAAAUCUCCAUUUGUUUUCAAGAGUUUUGUAGUAUUAUGAGCUAAUGUGACAUUUACUGUGAAA